AGCGAGGCGGUCUCUGGGCGGCUCUUGGGGGAGCUGUGAGGCGGUGGAGGGGCGCCGCGCAGCGCCUAGGGGAGCCGUAAAGAGAUGAAGGGGCCCCGGACGCCGUGAGGGGCUAGAGGUGGCCUGAGGAGACGGAGGGGUCCUGUGCGGCUCCUGAGGGGUCGUGAGAGGACGGAGAGGGGCUAGGCGGCUCCUCUGGGAGCCGUGAGGAGAUGGAGGGGCCCUGGGCGCCGUAAGGGGCUGGAGGUGUCCUGAGGAGACUGAGGGGCCGGAGGGGGCCCAGGUGGCUCCUUGGGGGCGCCGUGAGGGGAUAGAAGUGCCAUGAGGGUGCAGAGGGGGCUGGGCAGCCGCCGGGGUGUCGUGAGGAGGCAGAAGGGGCCCGUAGCUGCCGAGGGUGUGUGUGAGGGGACAGGGGGGCAGCUGGCACCGGGGUCUGUGAGGGGAUGGCCACCAGGGAGGCAUGGUCCGCAUGGGAAUUGGGAGCAGGUAGUUCUGCUCUGGGUUUCCCCUCAGCCCCUGGCUGUGUGAUGCUUGCUUCCCAGAAAUACUGGAGUUAUUUACCCCCAGGACAGUAGAUGUGGGGGCCCCUGGUAUGCCUGUUCAUUGGAAAGUACAAGCUCUGAGUCAGCUCAGUGGGGAAACCCGUUGCUGCUCAGGCAGAUCUCACACAUUUUCUUCCUUAAACAUGCACUUCUGACUCCUUGUGGAGUCCUUGCACAGGGGCUCAGGAAACAGCAGCGGAGUCUCAACUGGUGGUGCUGAUCCUGAACCCCUCUCACUUUGCCUACAGCCAGUAUGAAUCUUAACAGUUUCUCGGACAAUGAGGCUCAGAUUUCCACCACUGCAUUUUUGAGGCAUUGGUGCCGCUGCCUCGGUUUUGAAAAGAGAGACUUGUGAGAAUAAUGGCACCAAGUAAAAUAGAGCCCUGCAUCCUGUAGUUUGCAAUGGACGUUAAAGUUAAUUUGUCUGAAAGAAUAUUUACAGCUUGCGAAACUGAUUUCACGGAAGACAGGAUUCAGGCAGAGUACUGCCUCUCGGCCUUCCACCCUCAGCCAGCUGAGAGCCGGCUUGGGCACUUUGAGGCAAGAAUGGUUUUUGUAACAGGUACAGAGUUUUGAGGAGAGCUGUUUCAGAGCUUGCUCUUACUUGACUGAUUUGCAUGUAGUCAUGUUGUGUCAUUACUAGAAGGUGCUUGUAGCAGAAUAAGUGGGGAAAUAAAAAACCUACGUUGAACUGUGGCUGCUGAGCUCAAGCUUGGAUGCAAAAGGCACUCAGAAAUUAUUGGUCAGUAUUUACAUGUUGCAAAUUAAUCUUUAGAUAACUCUUCUGUCAGAGGGUAGGGGAAAGACCUGCAGGAUAUUUCCUUUACCAUCCUCUCUUCAUCACUGACUCACUUUAAGGAUGCUGGCUGCAUAUGUAAACUUUGUGAUCUCAAUAAGCAGGUCGAGAGGAAGGCAACCUCAAAACAAUCAAAUGGCAAACUCACUGUCAACUCCAGCUGAUAUGGCUUUACAAGGCAGGGUGUGGGAUUUGGAUUUUAGUAGGGCUAGAUGUUUUUUUAAACACAGUUCACUUACUAGGAAUUUAAGACAGCAUUGUUUAAGAAGUCUCGAUGCUUAGAUCUUAAACAGUUCAGCUCAUUAUUCCACUGAUGUAAUGCAGAAGUUACUGUUAAGAAACAGCCUUUCAUAAGUGGGCAUCAUUCAACUAUAUAUAUGCUAGUUUUAUUUUUUUCUGUAAAUAAAUGAUUAAGGCUAUGGUAUUUGACUUGAGCCUGUGUAGCAGUUGUGAUAACAAGAGUCUUGGUCAUGUGGUAAUACUCGGACUGUGCUACAAAUUAUUAGUUCAGUUUGCUCAUGAAAAGUGCUUGCUUUUUUUUUUCACAACUGGCUUUCACUUUCUUACAUGCCUCAAAUAUUUUUCAAAAUACAAUAGUUAAUUAUGACUUGAAGUUUAAAGACACUUGAUCUGUGUUUCAGAUUACUGCUAUCCCUAUUCCCUUGACCAUCAAUAUUUGACUCCCAGCCCUGAAGCUUUGUAUCACAGUUACUUUAUAAAAUGAGGAAACAUCAUUACAUUCUACUAGGUAGAUACCUGACGAGUCUCCUUAGAGGACAGAGUUAAUGUGUCUGAACCUAAGGGAUCACUGCAGUGCUCCUUCGAUUAUUUUCAGUUUUAACGGCUCAGGAGAAACUAGCAUGAAGUGCCAUGCAAAUGCUGUUUGCCACACUCCAGAAGAAGGACUUCAGACUGCAACAAGGGACAAUACCUUAGCAACUCAAGGGAGAACAGAGAGCCUGUCCCAAGAGAGAAAGCAGGCUUAUGUAGCCUGUCUGGAGAGAGAUGGCAGGAGAAAACAGAAUGAGUUGCUUCCAGAAGGUGAGAUGGAAGAGAUGGCUGCGAUCUCUGGUCCUGGCUCUCCACCCAAAAGGGUUUACCCUGCUGCCAGCAACUGCACAUUACUUGCUGUUCCUUUGCUUGUGUGAACACUUGGUGAGCUUCACUCUCGGAACAAGUUUAGAUUGCUGAGGAUUUCCAGGAGACAAAGUGAAAGCCAAAAGCGGAAUAUGGACACUUUUCAAGGAUCAGAACAUGUUAGGAACUGGCUUGUUAUUUGAAUCUGUGUUUUGGGUGGAGGAGUCACAUCCAUUUGAAAGUUUAAAGCUAGAUAGUGAAAUGCCCUCUGCUUCUCCUGUUUCCCAGCACUUAAUGCAAUAUUAAAGCUAUAUUACAGCAUUUUGAAGGACUCACACUUAGAUAUAAACCGUUCCAUAGAGGAAAUAUGUACAGUAAUGUUCAUGCUGCUCCCUUGUCCUGCUGCUGGUGAAUCUCCCUCUGUUGACAAGCUCUUCAUUCACCGGCAUGAUAGUGGCAAGCCUGCUUUUAGCACCAUUUCCAAAUUUAGCCAAUGCUUCAAACAAAUUGUCAGAGAACAGUAACCUGGGACUGCUAACAAGGUGAGCUCAGGGGUUGUUCUGGGCUUUGAGCUGUCUGCUGGGCCUCUGUCACCUUAGAAAUAGUCCCCCCUGUUACAGAGCUCACAAAAUGCUGCAGCCAACCUGCCUCACGCUGGGCUGCAAGAGAAGCAGGAGCUCAGAUACCAGGUACCAUAGAUGGGUCCUUUACAUUGAUCCUGCUGGCAUUAAGAGGGUUUAUGCCACACAAAAGCUUGUGGCAAUGCGUUUCAACAAGGGAAGCCUUUUCCCCUUGCUUGGCAGAAGUAUUCAUAGCCCCUCUGAAUUUCCAGCUGCAGGACAGAUCUCAGGGUAUAUGUGGAGUCCUUGUUCACAGGAGCGCGGCCUGGAGGAGAUUUAUCAGUAUUGUGGUAGUGCCUGGAGCUUUGGGUCAGUGUAGCUUCAGUUGAACAUGUAAAGCUGGCUCAGGAAAAACUGUUGCCAGCUCCUCAAAACCAGGGAGGGUACUUCAGGGUAAAGUUUAUUCAUGUGCCCAAUUCUGUUUCUUGGCAAAACCAGGAAAAGGCAAAAUGUCUCCCACCCAGUUAAACUCCUCUAGGGUUAAAGAAGCCAAAGGAUGAAGAGCACAGUGCAGCCAGUGCCGGGGAGGGAGCGCACUGAAAGUCAGGAGCACAUAACAGCACCAAAUGCCUGGAGCAGAAGAGUGCCUAGUGGCUGUGACAGAGGUUAUGACAACCCACAUGAUAUAGAGAGCUUGAUUGUCAUCAUGUACUGGGCUGAGCUGUAUUCUGGGCGCCUCUGAAAGUGGCCGCACAGCUCAGAGGGAAAGUGCUGAUCUUUCACCAGCCGAUUGUACUUCUCUUAGAGCAAAAAUACGCCCAGUGUCUGGGGAGACUAGACAUUACAGUCUGCAGUCCUGCAGUGUUUAGAGAUGGGAAUAUUUGGCUUGGAUUUAGAAAGAGUGUGCAGCCAAAAUCUGUAAGACGUUUCUGCAGCGAAUCAUAAUAACUUCAGAAAUGGGGCACUGGGGUGCCCAAUGCUGCCACCGUCCCCGCUCCUCGCUGCAGACCCCCCUGGAUGCAGCUGGACACAGCACGGUCCCCUCAUUGCCCACAGCCCUUCAACAGCUUCGUUGCCUGCGGGGCCCUGCAGUCCCGCCAGCGGCGGCUCUGCCAGUGAAAAGCAGCAACAGAAGUUGCUCUUCAGCAACUGCUCCUCCGGCUGCUCCUUUCUGCCAGGCCACCGUUUUCAAACGUCACCGUGACGUCGCAUUGUGAUGUCACCACUAUGCAGCACGGGCAUCACAAUGCCGUGCCAGAAUAUCUGCUGGGACCCACAGCCAGCCAGUGCCAGCUGGCCUUUGCUUGCUGACUGGCAGGACCAAGGCCUGGCUCUCCACGGUGCUGGCCACCGAGGCAAGCUUGGCACAAAAGCAAUGGAGCGGGAGCUGUCUGCUCAAGUAACACCAUCCCUGCCUGCUCCAGAGGAGCUGGGGCAGUGGGCAGACACGACUUGUGCUGGCCCUCCAGGACAGGGGGAAAGUGCCCCCCGGGACGCUGCCACGCAAGUGGUAGGGGAGGAGCGGCACGUCCAACCGGGGGGUGACGGACAUGACACCAAACAAGUCCCUCCUGCUUCCAGCAAGAGCGUGGGCCAAGGCAGUGGGCUCCUGUCGCUCCGCUUUCCACAGAAGCUUUGGACGAUAGUGGAAAGCGACCAGUUUCGGUCCAUUUGGUGGAGCAAGGGAGGAAAAUACGUGGCCAUCAACGAGAAGCUCUUCAAAGAGGAGGUGCUGGGCGGGGGAGGACCUCUGCAGGUUUACACCAGGCAGAGCAUGAAGAGCUUCCUUCGCCAGAUGAACUACCACGGAUUCGUCAAAAUGCAAGGGGAUGGCGAAAGAUCUGCCUCCCUGCCUGAGUUCCUGGCAGAAGAAGCAGCAGCUGCUGCUCACAGCAAGGUACUCUACUACUAUAACCCCCUCUUUAACAGAGGGCAUCCCCACCUGCUGGAAAAGUGCCGGAGGAGGGCUGGCCUCAAGCGGAAAGCCCUGGAGAUGGAUGAGGGGCAGCCCUGCAGAAGACCAGGUGGCCAGCCUGCAGGGGACAUGCCAGCGUCCACCAAGCGAUGGGCUGAAGCACCUCCCAGCCUCGGUGCCACCCGUCCAUCUCCACCGGCAGCUGCUCCCGCACUUCCAGAGCCGGCGGGAGCAGCGGGCAGCAAGAACUUCAGCCCUGUGGCCCCCUCCUCCCCACCACCACUCUCAGCUCUGCCAGCGUCCCCAGCACCACUCUGCAGACAAAGCCCUCCAGUCCCCCACUGCCCCACCUGCACCUGCCACCUCAGGACUGCAGACGCCAUCGGACCCCAGCGCGGCACAAUCUAAAGAGACGGAAAGAGUCAGC